CCAAAAAGACCUACGCUAGAGAGAGGAGAGAGAGAGAGAAGGGUCUCAUCGUUCUCAUCAGUAUAUACUAUUGAAACCCUAACUCCUACAUAGACCUAAAGAGAGAAAUGGCUGAUAUGGCUGACAAAUUAGCUGAUUUUCAAGCAAUUACUGGUAUCAACGAUGUAGAAUUGUGUACAGAGAUCCUCUCCGCCCAUGACUGGAAUCUUGAGCAAGCGAUCUCCAGUUUCCAUACAACCUCUGACGACGUCUUUGACCAUCCUUCUUCCUCAACCGCUGCAGCCGGAAGCAGCGGUCGGUUUGAUGAAGACACGCGACAACUACAAGGAUUGGGAUUAGUCGCUCGUGGCCCUGCGCCGCCAGGAUUGGCUUGGAAGCUCAUUACGCUUCCGAUUUCCAUCAUUUCAGGAAGUCUAGGGUUGAUAUCCGGCGCAAUUGGUCUAGGUAUGUGGGUGGCUGGUGGGGUUCUUUCGUAUUCCUUGAGCAUGGUAGGAUUGAAUUCUGGACGUGCGGGGGAUUCAUCGUCUCCUUUGGUUUCUGUGUCGGCUGCUGCAUCUGAGGCGAUGGAUUUUGUAGCGAAUUUCGAGAGAGAUUAUGGUUUAACUCGUCCGAAUUUUGUGUCUGAGGGUUUUAUGGAUGCUUUGCAGAGGUCUCGGCAUGCAUUUAAGUUGUUGUUUGUGUAUUUGCAUUCUCCUGAUCAUCCUGAUACACCUUUGUUCUGUGAAAGGACCCUGUGUUCGGACUUAUUGUCUGCUUUCAUUAAUGAGAACUUUGUUUCAUGGGGUGGUAACAUUCGUGCUAGUGAAGGAUUCAAGAUGAGUAACAGCUUGAAAGCAUCUAGGUACCCGUUCUGUGCUGUGGUUAUGGCUGCCACAAAUCAGAGGAUAGCUCUAUUGCAACAGGUUGAAGGACCCAAGACUCCUGAAGAAUUGCUAACAAUAUUGCAGAAAGUGCUUGAAGAAACAUCCCCUGUUCUCGUGUCUGCAAGGGUUGAAGCUGAAGAACGAAGAAUCAACACGCGUCUAAGGCAAGAACAAGAUGCGGCUUAUCAAGCAGCACUUGAAGCAGACCAGGCACGUGAACGCGAAAGGAGAGAAGAGCAAGAACGACAGGAAAGAGAAGCUGCUGAAGCUGAGAGGAAGAGGAAGGAGGAGGAAGAAGCCCGUGAACGAGCAGCUCAUGAAGCUGCUGAAAAGGAAGCUGCAUUAGCUAGGCUGAGACAGGAAAAAGCUCUCUCACUUGGACCCGAGCCUGAAAAAGGACCCGAUGUUACUCAAGUUCAGGUGCGGUUUCCAAGUGGAGAACGAAAAGGAAGGAGGUUCGAAAGCACGUUGACUCUCCAAACCCUCUAUGACUAUGUGGAUUCAUUGGGAUGCUUAGAAAUAAACGGGUACAAUCUUGUCUCCAACUUCCCCCGUGUAGUGUAUGGUCAAGACAAGGUUAAAAUGACCCUGAAAGAAGCUGGUCUACAUCCUCAAGCCAGCCUUUUUGUGGAACUGAUCUCGUGAAAAAUGCAAAAUAAUAAUCCCGGACCAAAACAGUGAAAGUUUAUGGUAAGUUGUUCCUCAAGUUAAGAAUAAUUGCUAUAUGUGUACUACUACUAGUAAUCAGGAUUAUUAAAAGGACAAAGAAAGCUGUUCUUCAUUUGGUUGAAUUUAUUAUAGGGAGAACAAGGAUUUUUUAACCAUUUGUGAUUCACUUUUUUUAAUUGAAUUUAUAGCUUGUUUAUGUUUAUGUUUGUGUAGUGAAUGUGGACAUGGUUUUAAUCUAUACCUUUGAUAGGUCUUAC